AUGUCCGAGGUCCGGCAGCGCAAGACGGCAGCCUCAGCUGCCGUUGCCCAAGCACCAAAGUACGCCCUCCCGGCACGCCCGCCCAAGCGUCCCACCCGCAGCGCCCACUGGGGGAUCAGUAUCGUCCUCCUAGCCUUCCUGGUCCUGUAUGCGAAACGCAACGGCCUCACCAAGUCGCAAGCGCCGUGGACGGCCGACGGCGGAGACAAACCCCUGCCCGCAUGGUACGCGGUGUGCUCGCGCGAGGGCAAGAAAGUGUACACUGUCCCCGUCGAGGGCGGUGUCGGCGCUGUGCAAUGCAUCGUGGUCGAGGGCAAGCGGGUACGCGAGACUGGGAGCCUGCAAGCCGUGCGCCGCGCGUACGGCGAGAAAGGAUCCAGCAGCACGCCGGUGCCCAAAUCCGCUCCCGAGGCGGUUCGCAAAACCAGCGGUAUCCGGAUCGUCUACCUCCCCCCAGGGCAUAGUCUUACACCCGGCUUCACUGAUGCCCACGCCCACCCCCUCGAAUAUGGGGCUAGCCGACACCUUCAGCUCCUGGGUUCCGGCAGUGUUGGAGAGGUUGUGAGACGCACCGAAGCCUACGUCCAGAGUCGGGGGAGGGCGAGCUUCGAUGACCAGAAUUGGGUCGUCGGACAGGCUUGGGACCAGGAACUUUGGCCUGGUAAGGACUACGCGACCGCCAACGACCUUGAUACCCCCGCCCUUCAGGGGCUACAUAUCGUUCUGCACCGGACAGACUUGCACGCGGCAUGGGUAUCUCCCGCUGUACUUGAGGCGAUCGGUCCGAUUCCACAGGAGGACAUUGAGGGCGGCCAAGUUAUUCGGGACAGUGAGGGCCGCCCGACAGGAGUAUUCUUGGACAACGCGAUUCGGGAAUACGUCGGCCGCGUGAUGCCGCCCAUGACGGAUACCCAACGCGAGGCGAACCUCGAGGUUGCGAUGCGUGACGCCCUCUCGCUCGGAUUGACGGGUAUCCAUGAUGCUGGGUUGGUCCCUGACGACCUGGCAUUCUUCAGGCGCAUGGCGGAGGAGGACAAGCUCCGCCUCCGGUUCUACACUAUGCUGCUUUGUCCCGAACCGCGCGACGUGUAUUGCGGCGACCAAGUCGAGCGUGUCACAGGAUUGCAGGACGGACGGUGGACGCUCCAGUCGGUCAAGCUGUUUGGUGAUGGGGCUUUGGGAAGCCGCGGCGCGGCACUGUUGGAAGAUUACUCCGACGCCGAGGGAUGGCGCGGGUUUCUCCUCACUCAGGACCAUGUUUGGGCGCCACUCAUCAAGAAGUACUAUGACGAGGGAUGGCAGGUUAACGUCCACUGCAUCGGGGACAAGGCAAACCAUGUCGUGCUCGACGCGAUCGAGGCCGCGAUUGGGCACGACAAGGAGGCGGGACGCGCACGCCGCCUGCGCAUCGAGCACGCCCAGAUUUUCACACAGGAUGACAUCAAGCGCGCGGCGGCCCUCGGCGUGAUCGGGAGCUACCAGCCAACGCAUGCGACGAGUGACAUGUGGUAUGCCGAAUCCCGCCUCGGCCCGGACCGCAUAAAAGGAGCCUACGCCUGGCGGUCGUACCUCGACUCGGGCGGCCGUAUCGCUCUGGGCUCCGACUUCCCCGUCGAGUCCCCCGACCCGCUCAAGGGGUUCUAUGCAGCCGUAACCCGGCGGGCCGAGGACGGAACUAGUCCGCACGGAUCCGGGGGAUGGUAUCCGAACGAGAAGCUUACGCGGGUCGAGGCACUGCGUGGGUUUACGGCCGAUGCGGCAUUUGCUGCGUUCUCAGAGGAUACUGGGAGCUUGACGAAGGGUAUGCGCUUCGACGCUGUGCUUUGGGAUGAUGACCUCAUGGAGGUUGAGGAGGAUGAGAUGUUGCGUACGAAGGUUAGGGCGACGAUUCUUGAUGGACGGAUCGUAUAUGGCGAGUGGGCGGUGUGA